AUGGCGUUGGUGGAGCCAAAAUUGCAGGCGAGAGGGCCAGAAGGAAGGGAGCAACGACAGCUGGGGAGCUUCGGGCUCGGCAAGCCUUGUUGCCCUCCGUUCCUUGCUGUUGUGCGCGUGCCUAGUCCCAAUGCCACUGACCGGCGGGCAGCGGUCGUUGCCGCCACUAACCUGCCACCUCUGGAGGUUGACGCGCACCCAGCUAAUACUUCCACAGCUGUCGGGGAGGGCCACGCGUUGGAGGUUGGCGCCCGCAAUGCUACUGCACGUGAGGUGCUACAGGAGCAGGCGCUUGAGAUCCAUAGGGAGCACCACCGGCGCCUCACCGAGAUUGAUCGCCCUUCUAUCGAGGUGGUGGUCGUUCCGCAUUCUGAUGAGAUCAAUGCGACAGAAACUACCUUGUCACUGGCAUUGGUCACCCUUGUCGGUGGCACCAGACCGUCGGUCAUGCCAGCAAUGGUUCGUGAGCACCUAUGGGUCGGCUUUGGGGUUAACGAUGCAGCCAUGCCGGUCAUGCGUCAUGCCCCUGAGGACUUCAUAGUCCGCUUUAGUCACAGGGUGGACCUCGAGCGGGUGUUGGCCGCUACGUCAGAUGGCUUGGCACCAUUCAUGCUUACCUGGCACCGCUGGACGCGCCUCUCUCGUGCGGUCACCGCCUCCUUCACUUUUAGGGUGCUCGUCGGCAUCAAGGGUGUCCCCGCCCACGCCCUAAGUGAGUCCAUCGCACAACAGCUCCUUGGAUCGUCCUGCGCCCAGGUUGAGCUAGCUUCUACUGAGGCUGAUGGUGUUGAUGAUGACGACUACCAGGGGCUCUUCAUCGCGGCGUGGUGUCUUCACCCGCUCUUGGUUCCCGAGUAG